ACGCUGCUGCACCACAAUGAUCAGGCGACUGGCUGCUUUGAUUCUUUUUGGUACAGAGACUCUGAUUCUUACUGCAGAGCUUCCUCACCUGAUGGUGGAACGUGGCAACAACGUUACUUUGACAUGUCCACUCUCUAAAGGCAAAUUCUUUUAUUGGUAUAAACAGUCUCUUGGACAUAUGUUGGAAAGAGUUGCUUCAAGAAUAGUUGACGUCCCUGAAGUCACAGAUUCACGUUUCAAACUCACAAAAGGGGAUGAUGGGUAUCUUCUUACCAUCAGCAAUGUCAGCAAAGAGGAUGAAGCAACAUACUUCUGUCAAAAUGGAACAAGUUAUCGUCAGACUUUCACCAGUGGCACUUUCCUGGCUGUGAACGAUCAAAAUCAGCCGAAACAUUACUGCAUGAAACAAACUCCAGAGACAGUGUCAGUCGGACCAGGGGGGUCAGUGACUCUCCAGUGUUCACUUCUCUCCAAGCACAAAGAAAACAGCGUCCAGUGUCCAGGUGAACACAGAGUUCACUGGUUCAGAGCUGGAUCAGGACAAUCUCAGCCUGGCAUCAUUUACACUCAGAGCAGCAGGAGUGAUGAACAAGAGCAGAAGAGCUGCGUCUACAGUCUGUCCAAGACCAUACAGAACUCCUCUGAUGCUGGGACCUACCACUGCGCUGUGGUCACAUGUGGAAAGAUCCUGUUUGGUGGAGGAACCAAAGUGGAGAUGAGAUCAGAACUGGACCCUCUUUUCCUUGUGCUUGCUGUGCUGUUGGCCUGCUGUGUGACUGUGAUUGUUGUCCUCAGUGUCAAAGUAAAUCAAAGAGUUUGCAAACAUUGCAAAGGAUCCUUUUGUUCAGCUCUGACUCAAACUGCUGAGGUUCCUCCCCAGAUCUCCUUGAUGGUGGUGGAGGUUGGUCAAAAUGCUACUUUAAAAUGUCAAGUCUCGGAGAAGGAAGGCAAAUUCUUCCAUUGGUACAAGCAGACUCCUGGAUACCUGUUCCAAACAGUCGCCACAGGAACUUUUUCCAAGCAAUCGCUUAGCGAGCAAUUUAAGAACUCGCGUUUCACAGUAACAGAGGAGAAGUCCCAUUAUUCUCUUAACAUCAUAAAUGUGGAGAAGGAGGAUGAAGCAACAUACUCCUGUCAAAAUGGAACGGCGUAUUCACAGACCUUUGUUAACGGCAUCUUCCUGGUUGUGAAUGAUCAGAAUCAGCAGAAAUCUGUUCUCGUGAAACAAAGUCCAGAGACGGUGUCAGUCCAGAUGGGAGCCUCAGUGACCCUCCAGUGUUCACUUUUCUCCAAAAACAAAGACGACAUGGUCCAGUGUCCAGGUGAACACAGUGUGCACUGGUUCACAGCUGGAUCAGGACACUUGCAUCCUGGCAUCAUUUACACUCACAAGAACACAAGUGAUGAGCAAGGCUGUGUCUAUCGACUGCCCAGAACUAUACAGAAAGUCUCUGAUGCUGGGACUUACUACUGCGCUAUGGUCACAUGUGGAGAGAUCCUGUUUGGUGGAGGAACCAAAGUGGAGACAAUUUCAGCACAAGAGCAUGGCCUGCUUGUGAUUGUACUUGGGGGGCUGUUGGCUCUCUGUUUGAUUGUGAUUAUCAUCCUCAUUUUCUCAAAAUACUGAGUGAAGAAGGGAACCUUGAGGGACGGGAAGGCAAGAGGGGGAAUGGUCAAAUCAUUGUGAUCACCGGACUGGAAGGAAAGAAGAGAAAAGAGAUGGUGAAAAAGAAUGGAUGGAAGGAGAAGGGAAGGACAGAAGGAGCCGAAGGAGGAAAAACUGUGACAUUAACCAACAAAGAUAAGACUUAGUCUCAAGCCCAGAAUAGCAGAGCUGUAAAUUAACUGUAAAUGUGUGACAAUACUUUGCACAUGUUGUAAACAAAGCAACUAUGUUUAAACUAAACAAUACAGUAGUAGUUACAUUAUAGAUUUGCUAUGCUUGUAAUCAUGUUAGUUGUUAAUAGGAAGUUUAAAAUAAACUAUUGAAGUUCUUUUUCAGCUGUUCUUCUUUGUGGUACCUUUCACGUGACACAAUCCCAGAAGCUUCUUCAACACAGCAGGUAACUGAGUCAUCACUGUGGAGGUUUGCAGACUGGAGCACUCCGCACUUCUCUCAGUAACUGAAAAAUGAUUUAUUUAAACCCCCACUGUCAAUGUGGAAAUUUAAAACAUUAACACGUUAUCAAAAAGCUGUACCUUAAACUUUUUGAGGUAAAUUUCUAACUGUAGGCACCUGAAAGCAGAUCCACCAAAUAAUCAGACCUGCAUCAUACAACGUUACAAGACACUGAAUGUGUCACAAGUGUAUGAUGUAAUCUUACAUUCAAUGUGAGGCUGUGAGGAAACAAUUUCUACAACAAACACUUCCCAACAAAAGGACCGUGGCACGAUUAAGGCUUCUCUUGUAUUUGGUCCAACUACUUUGUUUGCUUUGGGGAUAUUUAUACAUUUCAUAGAACCCAGCAGAGAGGAAAGUUUUAAAGAAGGCCACAAUUACAUUUUAAUGGUCUGUCAACUGUCACAUGUGAACAUUCAUCGGCAGCGUUUGACAAUGUUGCCGCUACAUGUUUGAAUUUCAAAUAUCAGCACACACAGGCACUUCCAACCUGUCACUGCAGACAUUUUCAUCUGUUAAGGCAAAGAGUGUUGACUUUGGUGUCAUGGCUUCAACCAGAAAACCACAUCAUUAAAAAUAUCUUCCUGCUUUAAACUGACUAACAAACUGUUUUUUAUAUCUCAGCAGCUAACAGUUAUAGACUGUGUAAAAAGAUAGAUGACAUGACAGCUCCUCAAAAGUAAAGACAGUAUAGGUCGUAUACAUCUUGCCUCCUCACAAUGUUAGAGGAUGAAACAAAUUAAAAAAAAGGCAAAAACAAAACUUUUUUCCUAAGGCUUUUGGUUAUUUAAGGCAGUUCUGUAUCAUACAGACGUAUGUUGAAAUGUUGUUUAAUGCUAUAUAAACAGUGUGAAACAUCAUGAUUGACAGCUGGACUGACUCACGAUUGGUUGAGUGUGUGUUUGGGCAGGACCUUAAUUACACUCCAUGAUCACUACUGUACAAGCUCUUGCUCCAAAUAAUGUCAAAAAUGCAACAUAGCGUCAAACACUGCGGGAGGAAGAGGAGACAUGUCGUCCAUCUUUAAUUACAGCAUAUGGUAUUAACUCAGCAUGAUUUUU